CUUCAGCGGGCGCUUCAAAAUCUUCCAAGGACGCUUGACGACACAUAUACUCGGAUCCUGGAAAGCAUACCCAAAGACCACAUCGGACAGACCAUGACAGUCCUCAACCUCUUAGUCUGGUCGGAUUAUACUUUCAGUACCAUCGAGAUAGUGGACGCUAUCGCAGUCAAUUUGGAUGAGGACCCAGGAUUUAAUCCCAAGCACAGGAUGCCAGUCCCUCGUGAGGUACUCAGACUAUGCUCGAGUCUCGUUGUCGUCUCAAAGGAUAUACAUUACCUGGGUGGCUACAAGGAAAAUAAGUCGACGGAUGUGGUCCGACUUGCACACUUCUCAGUCAAGGAAUAUCUGAUUUCUGACCACGUCUCGAAAGCUUGUGGUUCGUUGCUCAGUGAGUCAGUUGCAAGAGCAUAUCUAGCUAGACUGUGCUUGACAUAUGUGAUCGCGGUCGGAAGGCUGGCGUCUCUGGGCGGGCGUUGCGAUGGAGUUCUAUCAAGAUCUUUAUCAGGCUUCCCCUUCAUCUAUUACUCUAGCCAACAUUGGAUGGAUCAUGCGCAGGGAAUUGAGGAUAGGGACGAAAGCUUAUGGAAAUUGAUCAUGAGAUUUCUUCUGGAAGAGCCUGACGCACUCUGGAAAGCUCACGAUACGAUCGUACAACUGUUACUCGAGAGAGGAGCAAACGUAAAUGCUAAAGAUGGCGCUGCAUUGAGAAUUGCUAUAUCUUGUGGUUACGAUACGACAGUAAAGCUAUUACUCGACAGAGGUGCACAUUUCAACGUUAGAGAUGGCGUUGCACUGCAGAAGGCUGCAGGGUGCGGCAACGAAACAACUGUGCGGCUUCUUCUUGACAACGGCGCAGAUAUUGACGCUAGAAAUGAGUAUGGAGAGACUGCACUGUUUCGGGCUUCACGUUUGGGCUACGACACAACUGUCCAGCUAUUACUAGACCGCGGUGCAGAUAUUGACGCUAGAAAUGAGUAUGGAGAGACUGCACUGUUUUGGGCUUCACAUUCGGGCUACGACACAACUGUCCAGCUUCUACUGGAC